AUGGCCGAGUAUAAAGCUUGCAUACUAGGGUUGGAAGAAGAUAUUGAGUUAAAGAUUAAGGUACUAGAAGUAUUCGGCGAUUCCGCUCUAAUGAUACAUCAGAUCAGAGGUGAUUGGGAAACAAGACAUGCUAACCUAAUUCCAUACCGAGAUUACGUGCUGAAGUUACUCCCAAAAUUCGACAGAGUCACUUUCUCUCAUAUUCCUCGAGAAGAGAAUCAGAUGGUAAAUGCUUUAGCAACCUUGGCUUCCAUGUACAAGUUAAUAUGGCCCAACCAUCAGCCUCACAUUGAAAUUAGGCGUUUUGAUGAACCCGCACAUUGCCUGAUGACAGCAGAAGAGCCAGAUGGUAAACUCUGGUUCUUCGACAUCAAACAGUAUCUAGAGAAGCAGGAAUACCCGGCAGAGGCCUCUAGCCUUGAUAAGAGGACUCUCCGGAGGUUGGCAUCGAAGUUCCUCUUGAAUGGGGAGGUAUUGUACAAGCAAAAUUCUGACAUGGUUUUAUUGAGGUGUGUGGACAAGCAUGAAGCUAAUCAACUUAUGAAGGACAUACACGAAGGGUCCUUCGGCACACAUGCAAAUGGGCACGCCAUGGCGAAGAAAAUCCUAAGGGCAGGUUACUACGGUUAA